ACUGAACACAUCUCACAAGCACCGCACACUCUCUCACACACACACACACACACAAACACACAUACACUCAUCAAACCUCAUAAACCUCAUAAAACUCACCAAGCAUUUCUAACGAUCUCAAUUGAAUUAUCAAAAAAAAAAGAAAAGAAAAAAGUUUGGGAUCUGGAUAUACUUUUCGUUUGACUGCUGGACCAGAGGAGGGGAGAUGGAUCCGACCGUGGAAGUGGUGGCUUUGAUUUUGGGGUUCGUCGCGUGGGUGAUGGUGGGGAUCGCCCUGCCCAACCGCUACUGGAGGACCUCCACCGUCGACGGGAACGUCAUCACCACCUCCACCAUCUACGAAAACUUGUGGAUGUCCUGCGCGACAGAUUCCACCGGGGUCCACAACUGCAGGGAGUUCCCCUCGCUGCUCGCUUUGAAUGGUUACAUCCAGGCGUCUCGUGCCCUGAUGAUCUCUUCCAUAGUGUUUGGCUCCUUUGGACUGGUGGCGGCCCUGAUAGGAAUACAGUGUUCGAAGGCAGGAGGGGAUAACCAUGUUCUCAAGGGGAGGAUUGCUGGCACUGCUGGAGUCUUAUUCAUACUUCAAGGUCUGUGCACACUGGUGUCUGUGUCCUGGUACGCCUUCAAUAUCACCCAGGAGUUCUUUGACCCCUUCUACCCCGGGACAAGGUACGAAAUAGGAGAGGCGCUGUACAUCGGCUGGUGCUCCUCUGUGCUCGCCAUCGCCGGGGGGACCUGUCUCACCUGCUCCUGCAAACUGGGCACGGAGGAAAAAUACCCUUUGCCUUAUCAAACCAGGGGAACUGUAUAUUCUGGACCUGCUCCGACCAGAAGCGUGGCCGCCAGCACUUACGGCCGAAAUGCUUAUGUUUGAAGAUCAGCAGAACUAUGUUGAUCAAAUUUCUUACCAAUGACUGGGGGUGAACUUUGUCAUCACAUCAGUUUCUGUCGAUGCUCCCAACAGGUCUCUCUGUUUAGUUUGUGGAAGUUUUUUUUUAUGUCCAUGACUGAAGCUAUUGGUCCUUCAAAUGCUCCCUGACGGAAGCACACAGCGCUACCGAACUGUAUAUAACCACAAUAGCAAGUGUGAAUUCUGUAAAAAAAUGAAUCCAUUGACACAAUGUUGUAAAAGUUGUACAAAGCUGAGCUGCUUAUCACUGUUUUUAAGGCACAACCAUACUAGACGUUUGCAGUGAUUUUAUUUAUGUUCCUGUGAUGAUGUUGGCAUGAAUACAUAUUGAAUAUUGUCACUUAUUCAGAAAGAAAAUUCAAUCUUUUAUGAUUUCAUAUACACUUUUGGGCGAUUUGUACGGGGAAGGUCAAAAGUGUGACACUUCAGAUAUUUCUCUGUUGUUUUAUACAUUUAUUUUAGAUAGUACCUGUGUUAGACGGUGAGGACAAGUUUGUUGAGAUGAUAUUUCGUUUGUUUUUUACGUUCGCACACAAUAAAAUGUGUUAUACUUAA